UUAAAAAGAAAAGGAAUUUUUCCAUAUUCCUAUUUUAAAAGCAAACGAAUAUUAGAUGAGAUGCAGCUGCCUCCCGAAAAAUGUUUUUAUAACGAAUUAUCAGGAGAGCAUAUUACAGAUGAGGAUUACAGUCACGCUCAAUUAGUUUGGAAAAAAUUUCACUGUGAAACUUUCAAAGACUAUUUAAAAUUAUACCAAUACAUUGAUACAUUAUUAUUAGCGGACAUAUUCCAAAAAUUUAGAAAAUUAAGUUUAACAUAUUAUAAUUUAGAUCCUGUAUAUUUUAUAACUACACCCGAUUUAACAUGGAACUGUGGUUUAAAAAUGACAAAAAUCCAAUUAGAAUUAUUUAACGAUCUCGAUAUGUACUUAUUUAUAGAAGGAGGUAUUGGGGGGAAUAAGUUUGGGGGGAAAAGAUUCGCAAAAGCAAAUAAUCCUCUAAUACCAGAAACUUAUGAUAAAAAUCAACCUCAUAACUAUAUUCUAUCGAUAGAUGCAAAUAAUCUUUACGGGUUCGUAAUGAGCGCAUAUUUACCUGUAAAUAAUUUUAGAUGGUUGCACAAAGACAAAAUAAAUGCUUUAGACAUACGUAAUAUAUCUGACAAUAAUAGCAUAGGAUAUAUCUUAGAAGUAGAUUUAAAAUAUCCAGAAAAUAUUCACAACAGACAUAAUUGUUUGCCGCUAGCUGCUGAACAUAUUAAUAUCCCAUACGAUUUAUUAUCUAAUUAUCAAAAAACAAUAUUAAAUAAAUUAAAUUUAAAAUAUAGCAAUACUAAUAAAAAAUUAAUUCCUACUCUUUUUGAUAAAACAAACUAUAUAGUUCAUUAUAGGAAUUUAAAAUUUUAUUUAGAAGGUCUGAUAAUAACUAAAAUUCAUAGAAUAUUAGCAUUUUACCAAAGUGCAUGGCUUAAAAAAUAUAUAUUUUUUAAUAAUAAAAAAAGACAAGAAUCAACUAACAGUUUUGACAAAUCAUUUUUUAAAUUAAUGAAUAAUAGUUUUUUUGGCAAAACCUGUCAAAAUGUAAGAAAGCGUAUUAACUUAAAAGCAGCUACAACAUUAAAUCAAUAUCGCAGAUAUCUAUCUAAACCAUCUCUAUCAGAAAAUGUAAUAUGUCCACAAAAGGCUUCUAUGGGAGACGCUGGAUAUGAUAUAUUUUGUGUACAAGGCUUUGAAAUUAAGCCAAAUGAACAAAAAGUGAUUUUUACAGAUUUGGCCUUAGAAAUCCCAAAUAACUGUUAUGCUAGAAUAGCUCCAAAAUCUUCUUUAUCUUUAAACAAUAUUCUGAUCAAUGCAGGAGUUAUUGACUUCGACUAUCGUGGAAACAUUGGAGUCAUCUGA